AAAUUGUUCCAAUAAUUUGGGAAAAUUGCCGAAAAUGAGUAGCUCAGCUCCAUGGAAGCAGCUUCUUCUCAACUCCAUCAACACUAAUUCCCAUCUUAAGCAUUCAACCUACUUUCAGCUCGCAACUGUUGGAUCCAAUGGAAGACCCUCUAAUCGAACUGUCGUUUUCAGAGGGUUUCAAGAUGGUACUGAUAAGAUUCAAAUUAAUACUGACUCACGAAGCUGCAAGAUUGAAGAUCUUAAGCAUUGCCCAUUUGCAGAGGUGUGCUGGUAUUUCACUGAAACUUGGGAACAAUUCAGAAUUCAUGGAAGAGUCGAUAUGAUUGAUGCAUCAAACUCUGACCCAGAUAAACUUAAGCAAAGAGAGGCAGCUUGGUUUGCUGGUUCUGUGAGAUCAAGACUACAAUAUUUGGGGCCUACUCCAGGGCUUCCUUCUCUAGAUGAACAACCAUUGAACGAUUCGCUAGAUUCGUCUGCUGGUCCAGUCGAUGCAUUCUGCCUUCUACUUCUGGACCCUGAGCAGGUUGAUUAUCUGAACUUGAAGAGAAAUGAGAGGCUAGCAUUUACUACUGCACGUAGUGUCAAUGAUUUCACAGUUCCUGAUGAAAGAAAUCAGCUGAAUUUGAAGCACAUGCGUACUAAGGUACCUCUACCUAACCUCUAAUGCUUCAGUUUCUGUUUGUGGU